AUGGAAGGUGAGGGAAUGAUACCAGUAUUUGGGGAAGGUGAGGGGAUGUUACCAGUACUGGAGGAAGGUGAGGGGAUGAUACCAGUACUGAGGGAAGGUGAUGGGAUGAUACCAAUACUGAGGGAAGUGCUGAGGGAAGGUGAGAGGAUGAUUCCAGUACUGAGGGAAGGUGAGGGAAUGAUACCAGUACUUUGGGAAGGUGAGGGGAUGAUUCCAAUACUGGGGGAAGGUGAGGGGAUGAUACCAUACUGGUAUCAUCCCCUCACCUCCCCCAGUAAUGGUAUCAUCCCCUCACCUUCCCCCAGCACUGGUAUCAUCCCCUUAACUUCCCCAGUACUGGUAUCAUCCCCUCACCUUCCUCCCAGUACUGGUAUCAUCCCCUCACCUUCCUCCCAGUACUGGUAUCAUCCCCUCACCUUCCUCCCAGUACUGGUAUCAUCCCCUCACCUUCCUCCCAGUACUGGUAUCAUCCCCUCACCUUCCCCAGUACUGGUAUCAUCCCCUCAUCUUCCCUCAGUACUGGUAUCAUCCCCUCACCUUCCCCAGUACUGGUAUCAUCCUCUCACCUUCCCCAGUACUAGUAUCAUCCUCUCACCUCCCCCAGAUAUUAUAAAAGUUAUAGCCAACACGAAAUGGGGAGCUGAUAAAAGUACCCUUCUUAAACUUUAUCGCUCUCUUGAUAGAUCUAAAUUAGAUUAUGGUUGUAUUGUGUAUGGAUCAGCUAGGACUUCUUAUAUAAAGGCUCUUGACGCAAUCCACCAUCGAGGUCUUAGAUUUACUGGUAUCAUCAACUCGCCUUCCCUAGUACUGGCAUCAUCUCCUCACCUUCCCCCAGUACUGGCAUCAUCUCCUCACCUUCCCCCAUUACUGAUGUCAUCCCCACACCUUCCCCCAUUACUGAUGUCAUCCCCUAACCAUCCCCCAGUACUGGUAUCAUCCCCUCACCUUCCCCCAGUACUCAUAUCAUCCCCUCACCUUCCCCAAGUACUGUCAUCAUCCCCUCACCUUCCCCAUACUCGUAUCAUCCCCUCACCUUCCUCCAGUAAUGGUAUCAUCCCCUCACCUUCCCCCAGUACUAGUAUCAUCCCCUCACCUUCCCCAAGUACUCGUAUCAUCCCCUCACCUUCCUCCAGUACUGGUAUCAUCCCCUCACCUUCCCCCAGUACUAGUACCAUCCCCUCACCUUCCCCCAGUACUGGUAUCAUCCCCUCACCUUCACCCAGUACUGGUAUCAUCCCCUCACCUUCCCAAAUACUGUAUCAUCCCCUCACCUUUUACAGUACUGGUAUCAUCCCCUCACCUUCCCUCAGUACAGAAAUCAUCCCCACACCUUCCCCAAGUACUGAUAUCAUCCCCACACCUUCCCCCAGUACUGAUAUCAUCCCCUCGCCGUCCCCCAGUACUGUACUGGUAUCAUCCCCUCACCUCCCAAGUACUGGUAUCACCGCCUCAUCUUCCCCAGAACUGGUAUCAUCCCCUAAUUUUUCCCAAAUACUGGUAUCAUCCUCUCAUCUCCUGGCAGUACUGGUAUCAUCCCCUAAUUUUUCCCCAGUGCGGCCAUCAUCCCCUCAUCUUCCCAAGGUAUUGGUAUCAUCUCCUCAUCUCCCCCCAGUACUGGUAUCAUCCCCUCAUCUUCCCUUAGUACGGGUACCAUCCCCUUAUUUUUCUCCAGUACGGCUAUCAUCCCCUAACCUUCCUCCAGUACUGGUAUCAUCCCCUCACUUUCCCCAAGUUCUGGUAUCAUUCCCUUAUCUCCCCCAGUACAGGUAUCAUCCCCUCAUCUCCCCCAGUACAGGUAUCAUCCCCUCACCUUCCCCCAGUACUGUUAUCAUCCCUUCACCUUCCCCCAGUACUGUACUAGUACCAUCUCUUCACAUCUCACAGUACUGGUAUCAACCCCUCAUCUCCACCAGUACUGGUAUCAUCCCCUCACCUUCCUCUGUAUUGGUAUCAUCAUCUCAUCUUCAAGAGUACUGGUAUCCCCUCACCUUCCCCCAGCACUGGUAUCAUCCCCUCACCUUCCCCCAGCACUGGUAUCAUCCCCUUAACUUCCCCAAAGCUGGUAUCAUCCCCUCACCUUCCCCAGUAUUGAUAUUAUCCCCACACUUUCCCCCAGUAUUGAUAUUAUCCCGUCACCUCCCUCAGUACUGGUAUCAUCUCAUCAUCUCCCCCAAUACUGGUAUCAUCUCCUCACCUUCACCUCCCCCAUGCAGUACUGACAUCAUCCCCACACUUUCUCCCAGUACUGUACUGGUAUCAUCCCCUCACCUUCCCCCAGUACUGGUAUCAUCCCCUUACUUUCCAAAGUACUGGUAUAAUCCCUUCACCUCCCCCAGUACUGGUAAAAUCCCCUCACCUUCCCAGUACUGGUACCACCGCCUCAUCUUCACCAGAACUGGUAUCAUCCCCUUAACUUCCCCAUACAGUACUAGUAUUAUUACCCAGUACUCAGGAAUCAUGCCCUCACACCCAACACCCUUCCCCAGUUCUGAUAAAAUAUGCCCCCUUCCUCCAGUUCUGGUAUCAUCCCCACACCCCCAGUACUGA